AUUUCUGAUCCAGAUAAUAACAGAAAGACUAUCAAACUCUCACUGUCCGUGACCGAUGCCAGGUGCAGUGAUGCCGGAGUUUACAUUUGUAAUGCUUCAUUUGUACCAACAUCUGGUAUAGUCACCGCUAGCCGUUCUCAAAAUAUUACUGCUAAAGGUUAGUUUUUUGCUAUAUUUAUUUGAGAAAGAAAAAUGCAUAUACGCGCACUUUUGGUCAUAUCUUAUGUGUCGCCAUAUCGUUUUAAAUUAGUCAUAGCCUACAUUCUUGUCCAUAUCAGUAUCACUUUAGUCUGACUCUUUUUGUCCCUAUCAUAUCUAAACCAUACAUUUAAAUGCAUAUAUUUAAAUCCUCAAACUGUCCAUGAACAAUCUUAGGGUAUAAGAGAGCUGACGCUUGAGAUGAAUAGAUCAAUUUUCUAUAUGAAGUUCAUGUGGAAGUUGUAAUGAAGAGUUCAGUUAUAUAUUACCUCUGUAAUAACUUUCAGGAUAAUUCUUUACCAACAAUCCUAUGUUUGAAUAUCUAAACACACAGCUUCGAUAGUCUUAGAGAGUAGAUUUACGAGGGAUACUUAUAAAAUGACAGACUUAACCAAAUAGACAACUUACUUAUAAUGUGAAUCAUAUCUAGUUAAAAUUUUAAAUACUUACUACUUAUCCCUUUUACCCCGUCUGGGGCAUAGGCCGUCUACAAGAAUUUUCCAUUCAUCUCGGUCCAGUGCUUUCCCUUCUAGUUGCUUCCAGGUGUAUCCCAUACUUUGUUUGUCUGCCUCUAGCUCGCGUCUCCAUGUAUUCUCAUAGGCCUUUUUCGCUUUCUUUUUCCUUGUGGAUUCCAUGUCAGCAUUGUCUGGUGAGGUUAUCUGUCCUCCAUAUUCCCCUUAUGUUGUUUUCAGCAAUAUGCUCCUGGUAUGUCCUUUCCAGUAAGUCUUUGUUGGUGAUGGUUUUGGCCAUUUCUUCUUUUUCUUCUUCUAUAUCUUAAGGGCCCACGAUCAAUUUAUUGAUCAUUUUGGCUCCUAUGCAUGUAUAGGGGAUUUGCAAUGUUUCUGAGCCUGGUGUUGAUGAGGAUAUUUCACUGAUUGCAAUAAGUGCUACUUUGUGAGGGAAUCAUGCCCUGGGGGUUUGAAGGCUUGAAGCAAUUUCUUCGUAUCCACUGUUUUCUUUUUCAAUCUAAGCAUUUAGAUGUCCCAUUAAGAUAUUCAGAUAUCUUCCUGGAAAGUUUUCCAAUAUUGUGUGUAGUCUAUUGUAGAAAAUUUCGUAUCCGUCUUCAUUACUAUCGUUUGUGGGUGCAUAGCACUGUAUUAAAAUCAUAUUUGUUUUCUGCUUCUUGGUUCGGAAAGAUUAUGUAUUAAUUUUGGACCAUGGGUUCCCCAUCCUAUCAAUGCAUCUUGUGCCAUCCACGUCAGCACGAAAAACGACUCCUUGUGUGCGUGGAGCAUUUUCCUCCUCAUGCCCUUAGUAUAUUAGUGUUUCUCCCGAAAUCAAUGCUAAAAACUGGUGUCUAUCUUGUUUCAUAGAUAACAAGCAGUAGGAGGUUGUAUGUUCUGCCACUUUAGCUGAUUUUUCAGUGUCAUUCAUGUUGCUAACAUUUCAAGCGCCUUUGUUAAUUGCCUUGAAAGGAGGGUCCUCGGCUUUGAGGCUUCCAGCAUAACCUUGCUUUGAUCGCAAGGCUUCAUAACUCUUCUUGGGGAAGUAGACACCUCUCUUAUCAGGUCUGAAAUUGUUUUUGUUUUCUUCUUGUUGACGUUUCUGUAGCAGUUUGUUUAUUACGGGUGAGGUAGCUGGCCUCACGUCGAACCUCCUCCUUUUGCACCCGGGCUUGGGAACCAACCAUUGCGGAGUUAAAAACCUCGGGUUGAUCGGACUCGUUAACCUUGGACGGCAACUCAUUUAAGAGAAGGAAAACUCUGAAUUCAAAACACCGAGAUCCGUAUGAAAAUUCCGGGAACUCCUGCGAUGCUAAUAGUCCCAAGCUGUAUCAUCCACGCAUGAUUUCCCUUGAGUUAUCCAGGUACUGCGGAGAGGGGAGAUUUGCUGUAUAGGGAACCAGCUUAUCCUUCUAAAGAAAAAUCACCAGCCUUGUUAUUUCGUCCUGUGAACUCUACACCAUCGUCAUAUUGUGAUGGGUGGAAGCCAGAAAAAAAAAUAUGGAAACAAACACUUCCACUUCGUGGCAUUAACAACAGUGCAGGAGUGUGUAGUAUAUACAUUCCCGUCGUUACUUCGUUAUUAUUACAGAAAAUUUGUGCGUCAAAUAAAUAACUAACUUUUUCUUUCAUGUUGUUGUACAUUAUCAGUUAAAACAGAGGCUCCGGUGAUGAAGUCCAACAAUCAUAUGGGAAAUAAUCCUUUCAACUCAGAAAACGAAGCUGGCUUAAACAUGACGUUGACCUGUUCCGUUUUGGUAAAUAUUAUUUAUCUUCAAACGGAAGAAAAGACCAUUAAAUACAAUGGCGUAGGAAAGAAGGGCCGUUCCACAUAGGGUGGCACUUAUAUUUUUCGAUUGAGGGAUGGAAUUUUCGGUCAACUGCUCAAUUUUUUAUUGGGUUGGGGAGUGGGGGGCAAAAGCCAUCUCCGCCACCCCAGGUGGCACUAAACCUAGCCACGCCACUCAUUAAAUAUAUAUUAUACAAAGCUGCUGUCAUCUUGUUUGGUUAGCGCAGAUAUUAUUAUAUUAUCAAAAUAGUGAUGGCUGAGAGCUGUUUUUUUUGGGGGGCGGGGGUCGGGUUGGGGGGGGGGGUCGUUCAAUCUUAAACAAAACUCUUUUGGUCGGAGUGCGCAAAAACUUCAGUCAAAAGUAUCUACUCCACUUCACACAACAAUUGAUACAAUUAAUAAUGACGGCGCAGACAUGGAGUCUGCGUAUAAAGAGACGCGGUGCAUUUGAUAUCUCCUCAGCAUUAUUAAAUAUCACUUUAAAUUCUCUGCUUAUAGGUAGCGUGUCCUGCAGUCUCCAGCCAAAGUUGUUAUAAAAUAGAGCCAUUUCCCUCCCACCCCAAACCCCAUUUAACAGAAUACUUACUUACUUAAAUAUUGCACGUUACUUUGCUUUAUUUUAGGGUCCUCCUAGCAUUCGCAUCCAUUGGUUAUGGUGUCCUCGUAAUGGAUUCAGCUGUGCCUCUUAUCCAGUGACCAAUGAAGUCGACGAUUUGCCACCCACUGGAAAGCCUUGUGAGCGCAUCCGGCACGAAUCGUCCUUGAACUUCUUUGUAGCGCCUUACAGCUUAACGUACAUUUGUGUUGUCAAAGAUGGUAAUCUAGAGAUGUCCAGGACCAAUCUAACCGUUGGCGUUCGUACAAUAAGUGAGUGUUUGCAGACCUGCCCACCUGAUCAAUUUUUUCAGGGUUUUGAACGCUUUUUGCACAAUUUAUACGAAAAUGUGAUUUGAAUUUCAAAACAAUGUAUUGCACCUACAAUAUUUUAAUUCAAUCAGCUAUCAUCUUAAAAAAUUUAAAUUUUAGCUUGAUUAAGUUCCUUUUCUUGCACUAAUUAAAGUUAAAGCAUUUUUAACAUUGAACACUUUAAAUGACCACAGACAGUACGACUGAAACGGAAUUUUCGAUGACACAAGUUUGCCCGGAAGUCGGUGCCGUUGUCGGGAUCACAGCCGCAUGUUCCAUUAUAGGUACGGCCGUAGCUGUAUUCAUCGGGCAGCUGUUGGUGCGUAAGUUCCUCCAGGGCGAGGCAAUCAAGGAGUUGUCCAAACCAAACUCUGUCUACUGCUCGCCCUCAGCUGAAUACUCACAUGAUUACCAAUCUGCC